CAGGGCAGCAGCGCAGAGCGGGCAGUAGGCGGCCACUCAGAGAACUACUGCUCUUGCAGCUUUUCUGCUCCCGCAGCUCCUGCUCCUGCUACAGAUCCUUCCCCAGACAGACCGCCUGCUAGUAGUCUUUCGCCAGCUGCCCGGGAAGCCUCGCUGCGCCCCAUCCCAUCCUGCCGCACACUCGGAGAGCAGCGCGCCACAGGCCAAAGUUGCCUAGUACUGCCAGGUGGGCGGGUGAGCUCGUGCUGCAGCAGCGCCUCCGCCAGCGGCUUGCACUGGACUUUGGAGAGGCGAACGGCAAACCCAGCAGCGGUAGCCGCAAUGACUCCUUGGCUCGGGCUGAUCGUGCUCCUGGGCAGCUGGAGCCUGGGGGACUGGGGCGCCGAGGCGUGCACAUGCUCGCCUAGCCACCCCCAGGAUGCCUUCUGCAACUCUGACAUCGUGAUCCGGGCAAAGGUGGUGGGGAAAAAGCUGGUGAAGGAAGGGCCCUUUGGCACUCUGGUCUACACCAUCAAGCAGAUGAAGAUGUACCGAGGCUUCACCAAGAUGCCCCAUGUGCAGUACAUCCACACAGAAGCUUCUGAAAGUCUCUGUGGCCUUAAGCUGGAGGUCAACAAGUACCAGUACCUGCUGACAGGCCGUGUCUAUGAUGGGAAGGUGUACACAGGACUGUGCAACUUCGUGGAGCGGUGGGACCAGCUCACCCUCUCCCAGCGCAAGGGGCUCAACUACCGGUACCACCUGGGUUGUAAUUGCAAGAUCAAGUCCUGCUACUACUUGCCUUGCUUUGUGACCUCUAAGAAUGAAUGUCUCUGGACCGACAUGCUCUCCAAUUUCGGGUAUCCUGGUUACCAGUCCAAACACUAUGCCUGCAUCCGGCAGAAGGGUGGCUACUGCAGCUGGUACCGAGGAUGGGCCCCCCCAGACAAAAGCAUCAUCAAUGCCACAGACCCCUGAGCACCAGACCCUGUCCCACCUCACUUCCCUCCCUUUCUGCUGAGCUUCCUUCGGACACUAACUCUUCCCAGAUGAUGACAAUGAAAUUAGUGCCUGUUUUCUUGCAAAUUUAGCACUUGGAACACGUAAAGAAAAGUUUAUGCUGUCAUAUGGAGUUGAUAUGGAAUCAUCCUCCUGGCCCUACCCUACCUCUUCUUUUUGGUUUUUAAAUCACCCAUUUCUCCCAGAAAUUUUCAGUGCCAUGCCUGAGAGAAUGAGGAAUGAACAUUCCUCUUCUUCAUGAUAAUAUAAUCUCUAUUUUUUUAGAAAAAAAUAGAAAAACAACCCCCUUUGGGCAUUGUUAAUACCUACUCUUCUUUCUUCUUCCUCACUUUGCCAUCUCCUAGGCCUCCUUUCUCCUCCAACCCAGCAUAGAAAGGACACAGGCAAGGCAGUUGCUAAAAGACAGUUUCAGGAUCAGUCAAGGGUAGCAAGUAUAAAGACUCAAGGUAUGUGGAAGAGUUUAUACACAGAGGAGAUGCUACUGCAUGUUCCAACCAGACUAUGUCUGUGUCUUCAUGAGUAAGGGAGAGAAGGAGGAAACAGCAAGAGAAGGUCUGAGAUGAUACAUACAGUUUCCCCAGCCCUAAUAUGCUUGGGCCGACCAGAUGUUUCUAUGUUUUAAAUUAGAAACCAGGCCAGAAUAACAGAACUUUUAUUAGUUGGUGAAGACAUAAACAUCUGCCUGAGGUCAGGAGGCAAUUUGCCCAUCUUGUUAAAAAAAAAAAAAAAAAAAAAGCUCAGGUUAAAGACAGAUUCAUGUCUUUCCUCUCUUCUACUCUCUUCCACUUCCAAUCCCAGAUUUCCUCCUGGAAAAAUCUUUGGUAGAUUUGGCCAGGAGCUAGCAUUUAUGUAAAUUGGAGAAAUACACACACUUUACACUAUCCACAGAUAUAGUCAAGUAGAUUUGGGUAGAAAAUACUAUUCCCAUAAUACUGUUUAGCUCACCUAGGGGGAUGUGUUUAUAUACACAUUUGCAUAUACCCACAUGGGGACAUAAGCUAAUUUUUUUUUCCCACAGGACACAGAAUUCUGUUCAAUGUUGUUAAAUAUGCCAAUAGUUUAAUCUCUUUUAUUUGUUGUAAUUGCUUGUUGGAAGAAAAUCAUGACAUUCCAAGUUUACUUUUUCUUUUUUCAUUUUAAUUAAAAUCUGAGAUUCUGAACACCUGUGGCAACCCCUAAGUAAAAUCAUCUGCCCUUCUCUUUCCUGCUUCAAUUUUGGGGCCUUCAUUGAACUGCCUUCCUGAUUUGGAUUAGAAGGGUAUAAGACUUAGUGUGGAUGUGGAGAAUUGGGUACAGAAGGGGGAAGCUGAAAAGUGGAUAGAAAGUUAGCUUUCCUGGGCUUGGGGACACAUUGCUCUCCUACUCCCAACUCACUGAUGGUGAUCACCAGCUCCUGAGACCCUCACCUGAUGAAUUAUAAACUAGGGAAAAAUCACUGGGGAAGUCUUACUCUACAAUCAGCUAUUGGGUUUUUGUUGUUCUUUUUGAAAUGAAACAAUCAUGUAAAUUCUCCAGUUAUAUAAAAUCAUUUUAAAUUUUAGUGCUGAAAGUGAGAGGCUGAGAGUAGGUGAUAAUGUCUAUUUUACAGAGUUGGGGAAGGUAGGAUGGAGACAUUUAACAAGAUUGCUCUCUAUUAUCAGAUUAUGAGUAUUUAUCCUGUAUUAGCAUUUGUAUCUUCAGUUCAUUCCACCUUAGGAAACAGUGCUGCCAGUUGGAACUAGAGGGGGAAAAAUAGCAGACAUCAUAUUGUAAUGUCUUACACAUACACACAAAUGCCCAGGCAAGAUGUCUGGCAGAACCCCAGAGCAGGAAGGCAUCCAGUUUCCUUGGAAUUGAUCUAGUUUACUUUGCCCCUUUCACCUUGUGGUCAUGCCACUCGGUUGGGGAUGAUAGAAGGCUUUGCCCUCUCAAAGGGGUCAAUGUAAGCAGAAAAUACAGGUCAGCAGUUUCUAAAAGGUGAACCCUAGACUUGAUGUUCUGAGAUUUUAUUUCUUUCAACCUUAAAAUCUUAUAACGUAGAAUCCCUGGCCCAACCCCUAUAAGCAGCCUUCCACAAUUGGAUAUCAGUAUCUCUUCCUAGAAGCACUGGGCCAUCUUAGUCCCUGAUGGGGUUACCACCACUUAUACAACAGACUUGGGAUAAGGCCUGAGCACAAGUCACCCAAAGUUUUCCUGCAGAGUAGAAAAUGUUGACAGAACCACAGUCCCAUCUGUUGGACCCUGGUAGGCAAACAGCAAGCCCUGGGCAAAGUAGGGUCCUUUGUACAGUGAUGCUAUCAGAGGGUGGUUUUUGAGCUUUCUAUAAGCUAUAGCUUUGUUUAUUUCACCUGUUCACUUACUGUAUAAUUUAAAGUCAUUUAUGUAGCUGAAACACUUCCAUAUUUCAAUCAUAUUGUAAACAUUUUAUUUUGCUAAAUCUUUUGUCAUGUGUAGGCUAUAAUAUGUGUACAUUGUGUUUAAGGGAGAAAAAAAAAGAAACCCACAUGCCACCAUUUUCCUGAAUCAAAUUCUAUAGUGGAAUGGAGGGUGAAAUGCUUCUAUUGUGCAGGCAGGUAGACUGACAAAGAGGGGAAGCUAGGAGGAACUGGCACUGGAGAUUUUUCCAACUGUCUUCUUGUGGCAUCCCAGUGCUUAUUAGAGCAGGAAUAUAGGGGAACAAAAAUAGCAAGUACAUGCAUGCUUUUGCUCUGGGAAGUCUGAUAGUCAUUCCCAUUUCUUCUCCCUCCUCCCCCAACCCUGAGACACUUUGCUUACUCCACUGAGAAACCAAGAAUCCUAAAAGUGCAGGGCCAUGGAAGUUUUUUAUAAGCAUCUUUUGAACUUUCACUGUCAAUCCCACUGGUUCCUGACCAAGAAAGUUCCUCAUCUGGACUUCUGCCUCUUAGGACAGUGCUCUAUCUGGCUGGAUUAAAUAACACUGUCCUUCAUCUUCCUGCAACCCCAGGCCUAUAUCACGACUGCCAAGUUUAUACCAUGGCUCUUGAGCAGUUUAAGGAAACAAAUGCUUUCUUGGACUAGUUCUGUCUCAGAGUCACUGGGUCUCCUGGGAGGCAGUUCCUUCCCUUCACCCAUCCUGUUAUCAUGUGCUUGAUAACUAUCAGAGCAGAUGAACUACCCCGACAGGGUAAUCUUGGUGUUUGGAUCCUGGCUACCUAAAGUAACAGUAAAAUGAUUAAAAUGAUUAAAAUCAUUUUGUAAAAUGAUUAAAAUCAUUUUACAAAAGAGAGACUUUAAGAAUAUGAUGAUGGCAAAGGCAAAAUGAAAUGGGAAAGUGUAGACUCCUAACUGGCUUUUGGGAGUUUGGAUGGGGGAGAAUGUGGAAACCCAGUUCAUGCUCCAAGGGAGGAGUGUUUCAGAUUCUCACGCUUUUCCUCUUACCCAGUCUGCUGUCCUGAGACCCAGAAGUGAUGGAGAGAAACCAACUAGAGAAACCCUGUCUGGAAGGAAUGUAUUUGUUGCUAAAUUUUGUAGCACUGUUUACAGUUUUCCUCCAUGUUAUUUAUGAAUUUUAUAUUCCGUGAAUGUAUAUUGUCUUGUAAUGUUGCAUAAUGUUCACUUUUUAUAGUGUGUCCUUUAUUCUAAACAGUAAAGUGGUUUUAUUUCUAUCACA